CACAUUUCAAUUUUCAUACUUAUUUCACUGUCUGACUUACUGAGUGAGUGAGUUAGGCUCACAAACAAUCCAAGAACAUGGGGCUUCUUCUACUCAACUUGACUCCUCCAUCUCUUUCUCUCAUUCCAGACACUCAUCGAAUGCUCACCAAAACUGGUCAUAAAAAUCAAAUCUUUGGUUUACCAAGGAAGGCCAGAAUUGCCUCAUCCAGGAUUUGUUGUUCUGCAAAGCUUGAUAAUAGUUCUGUUGUUGUGAAAGAGAAAAGUGUCUCAGUUAUUCUUUUGGCUGGGGGGAAGGGCAAGAGAAUGGCUGCAAGCAUGCCAAAGCAGUAUCUACCACUCUUGGGACAACCAAUUGCUUUGUAUAGUUUCUACACUUUCUCACGCUUGCCUGAAGUGAAGGAAAUUGUUGUAGUUUGUGAUCCAUCCUACCAAGAUGUCUUUGCAGAUUCCAAAGAAAAAAUCAGUGUAGACCUUAAAUUCACACUGCCGGGGAAGGAGAGGCAGGAUUCUGUUCAUAGUGGAUUUCAGGCAAUUGAUUCAAAUUCUGAGCUUGUUUGCAUCCAUGAUUCUGCAAGACCUCUGGUAACAGCUGGGGAUGUAGAAAAGGUCCUUAAGGAUGGUUGGCUGAUUGGAGCAGCUGUACUUGGUGUUCCUGCCAAAGCUACAAUUAAAGAGGCAAACAAUGAAUCUUUUGUAGUCAGAACCCUAGACCGGAAAACACUUUGGGAAAUUCAAACUCCUCAGGUGAUUAAACCUGAAUUGCUUAAAAAAGGUUUCGAACUUGUUAAUAGGGAAGGUCUUGAAGUCACUGAUGAUGUGUCAAUCAUAGAGCAUCUUAAGCAUCCUGUAUACAUCACUGAAGGAUCCUACACAAACAUCAAGGUUACAACCCCUGAUGAUUUGUUACUUGCAGAAAGAAUAUUGAAUAUGAACUUGGAGCCUGCAAAUAAAGUUUAGUCCACUAUCUUUUCAUAUUCACUUUCCCAUUCAGUUUGAAUUACAUGUUAGAAUAAUUUCGAAACCGUAAGCCUUGUAUUAGGAUACAUCUGUGCAAAAUUCUCGCUGGGCAAUCAUAGAGAAAAAAUGUAAUAAGAAGUUUGAAGGGGAAUAAAAGAGAGAAAUUCAUUAAAA